CGGUGUAGAUUUGUUUUGUACAAAACGUUCCAGUUACUUAAUUUGAAUGGCUUCUGAAUUUGGAAGCUUUCUUAUCCACAAAUCAACUUCUCUUCCGAACGUUUUAGGUGUAUCUUCUGUUUGCGACAAGGGAAAUUUACAAAACUUACCCAUCAAAAAAACCGAUACAGGAAAAAACGAGUGCAAAGAAUCAGUAGACUUCACAAGGCAGUCUAAACCUUCAACUAAUUGUCCUGAUAGGAGCAGUCAGAGUCCUGGUACGACUGAAACUGGAAAAAACGAGUGCAAAGAAUCAGUAGAAUUUACAAGGCAGUCUAAACACUCAACUAAUUGUCCUAAUAGGAGCAGUCAGAGUCCUUAUUGGACCGAAACUGUUGCAGACAAUUGGACAUCAUUUGAUGAAGUAUUUACCGAUGCAGAAGCUCGAGCAGAAUGCCCUCCAGGAAUUUUCAUCAACAACAUUUCAGCAUACGAACACUUGUUGAUACCUCCCUACCCACCAUCACUGACCGAAAUUCCAUUCGAAAUACCCUGUUUGACAAUCCAAGAAGAAUGUCAGCGAGGACAACCCGAGGACGCUUUGUUUCCGCGGCGACCCUUUGUUUCCUCCGGAUCAUACAGCAGCAGGAUAGAUCAUCACAGGAGUCCAUUUGUUCAAAAUUUUGGGACCUUAGACAACGCAAGAAUACAAAACUUGACAAGUCCACGCGACACUUCAAGUACAAGCAAAGCUGACAUUGAUGAAUGGCAACGUUCAAUAUCUUCAAAAGAGUUUGGUUGGCCAAGAGAUGAAGCCCCGGAAAAAAAACUGCUUGAAACGAAAUUCUGUUGUCCCAGAGUUGGCAAUCGAGUCACAAAGCGAAUCCAAGUUACAAGAGCCAGGCAAUAUGUAGAGUUUCGCUGCCCAGACAACAGUGUUAUAUCAAUAAGUUUUCCCGAAAAUUGCGUUCUGGCUCCGAGAAAGGUGAACAUUGAAGUGCAUCAUCUAAUGAAGUCAAAAAAAUUAAACGGCGAAAAGCGUCUGAUUACACCCAUAGUUUUUAUAACAGUGGAAAAGCCGUCAUUGUUCCUUCGAAAAGUCUGUGUGAAACUGCCUUUACUGGAGGAUGUUCCAACGGAACCACUAUGUGAAAAAUCAUUUGAAAAGCACUUCAGAAUAACUCAAAGAAAUGCUUACAUAUACGCAUUCAGCUUCUCACCAGUUGCACUGACCAAGUCUGCCCGUAAUGUGCUACGAGUUCUGGACUAUUUUGACGAAAACUUGAUAUUUGACGAAUCCGCUGUUUAUUUUACAAUGAAACAGCUACUGCAACGUGAAAAAAAGAUGAGCUGUUUGGAGAUGGAAUGUAGGCCCUUUAGGAACCAUCAUGAGAACGAGACAUUUCGGGCAAAAUCAAAUUGGUCAUACUUUUUGCUGAGUGAUAAAGCAGCUUACUUUGAUAUGGAAAAGCAAGGAAUCGUCAUUCUAACACUAUCGAAAGCAUAUAAUGUGGGGACCAUUGCUGCUGGCAUACGUGGAAUGAAAGGAGGCGGGGGCGAGGACGGGGGCGGGGGUGGUGGUGGCGGCGGCGGUGGGAGAGGUUGA